AUGGCGGCUUUCAAAGGACUUCCGCGUGACUCCCGCGGAUCGCUCGAAGUCUUCAAUCCAGACUCCGCUGCCGCCGCUUCAAAUCGGGCGACCACCUCCCCAUUCCUCCUCCCUCCUGCAGUUGCUUCCCAUCCUAGCCUCGCCGGGGAUGAUGAGGAUGCUGACGUGGGUCGGGCGACACAGAGGGCCGCCGAGUGGGGCCUUGUCCUCCAGACUGACGAGCACACCGGCCGCCCCCAGGGCGUCGUCGCCCGCCCCUCCGGCAGCUCCAACCGCACCAGCGAGAGUGGAAACUCCAUCGACGAGAGGAUCGCCGCUGGUAGAGCACUCCCCCGAGUGUCGGAGGAGCUCCGCGCCGCACUCUCUGCGUUCCAGCAGACCUUCGUCGUGUCCGAUGCCACCCGCCCUGACCACCCCAUCCUCUACGCCAGUGCUGGAUUCUUCAACAUGACUGGUUACUCCUCCAAUGAGGUCGUCGGAAGGAACUGCCGCUUCCUUCAAGGUUCUGGGACCGACCCCGUAGAGAUUGCGAAGAUCAGGCAGGCUCUCGCAGCUGGGUCAAAUUACUGUGGUCGUAUUCUCAACUACAAGAAGGAUGGUACACCAUUCUGGAACCUCCUAACCGUUGCCCCCAUCAAGGAUGAGGAUGGCAGGGUCCUCAAGUUCAUUGGUCUUAUUGGUAUGGGUCAUGGAAAUGUGGAGAAGAACAUUCUAAAACCAAGGGAAGAUACGCUACUUGAUAGCGAUGAUGAGAGAUCAGAAAGCUUUGAUGAUGAUUUUAGGAGGAAAGAAAUGAGAAGGGGUAUAGAUUUGGCUACUACGCUUGAACGUAUUGAAAAGAAUUUUGUCAUCACUGACCCGAGGUUACCGGAUAAUCCAAUUAUUUUUGCAUCGGAUAGCUUUUUACGACUAACAGAGUAUUCACGCGAAGAAAUAUUGGGAAGAAAUUGCAGGUUUCUUCAAGGGCCUGAAACUGACCGUGGGACAGUAAAAAAGAUAAGAGAUGCCAUAGAUAACCAAACAGAAGUUACCGUUCAGCUGAUAAAUUAUACAAAGAGUGGUAAAAAAUUCUGGAACCUCUUUCACUUGCAACCUAUGCGUGAUCAGAAGGGUGAUGUUCAAUACUUCAUUGGGGUUCAGUUGGAUGGAACUGAGCGUGUUCGAGAUGCUGCUGCAAAAGAUGGUGCCAUGCUGGUUAAGAAAACUGCGGACAAUAUUGAUGAGGCUGCAAAGGAACUUCCGGAUGCUAAUUUGAGACCAGAGGAUCUAUGGGCUAAUCACUCAAAACCAGUCUUGCCAAAACCACAUAUGAAGGAUACCGCAUCAUGGAGAGCCAUCCAAAAGGUUCUUGAGAAUGGUGAAAGCAUCGAUUUGAAACAUUUUAGACCAGUAAGACCCUUAGGAUCUGGUGACACUGGCAGUGUCCACUUGGUGGAGUUGCUUGGCACAGGUGAAUACUUUGCCAUGAAAGCUAUGGAUAAAAGUGUCAUGCUUAACCGAAACAAGGUCCAUAGAGCUACCGCUGAACGACAAAUCUUGGAUAUGUUGGACCACCCAUUCCUUCCGACAUUGUAUGCAUCAUUUCAGACAAAGACACAUGUAUGUUUUAUUACCGACUAUUAUGCUGGCGGGGAACUCUUUAUGCUCCUCGAUAGACAACCUAUGAAGGUACUGAAGGAAGACGCGGUUAGGUUCUAUGCUGCAGAAGUGGUCACGGCACUUGAAUACCUACAUUGCCAAGGUAUAAUCUACAGAGACUUAAAGCCAGAGAACAUUUUACUUCAAAGAGAUGGGCACAUUUCCCUGACAGACUUUGAUUUGUCUUGCUUGACAUCCUGCCGGCCACAAGUGUUUCUUCCAGAAGAUGAUAAGAAGAAAAAGAGGAGGAAGAGCAGGAGCAAUCCCAUAUUCUUUGCUGAACCAAUGCGAGCAUCAAAUUCUUUUGUUGGUACAGAGGAGUACAUUGCACCAGAGAUUAUUACCGGAGCCGGCCAUACAAGUGCUGUAGAUUGGUGGGCGCUAGGAAUUCUUCUAUAUGAGAUGUUGUAUGGUUAUACACCGUUCAGAGGGAAGACAAGACAAAGGACCUUUGCUAAUAUUCUGCACAAGGAUAUCAGAUUUCCUGAGAGCAUACAGGUGAGCCUUGCGGCAAGAAGGUUGAUAUACCAAUUGCUACACCGGGACCCUGCAAAUAGGCUAGGUUCCUACAAGGGCGCCAUGGAGAUCAAACAACACCCAUUCUUCUGUGGCAUAAACUGGGCUCUAGUUCGUGCCGCCACACCCCCAGAAUUAGAGGCUCCCCUGCAAGAUAUAUUAUUGGAGGCCACAGGAGAGACACUGCCUCCUCCUGAUGCAGCUCACGCCGAUAUGUUCUAA